AUGAGUUGCAUAGUGCCGACGAUCGAUGACAUGUAUGAUGUAUAUGGAUCACUAGAUGAGCUUCAAUGCUUCACUGAUGCAGUAGAUCGAUGGGACCUUGAGGCCAUGGAAGACCUUCCUGAGUACAUGAAGCUAUGUUAUUUGGCCAUGUUCAAUUUUGGAAAUGAGAUUGCCAGUGAUGUUCUAAAAGAUCAUGGCCUGGAUGUUCUUCCCUACAUUAAGAAAGAGGUAAGCAAAAGGCUUAUACGUUAA